AUGGCGGCGCCACCACCGCUAGAACCUCGGCGGACCCUCUCCGCACCCUCCAUCUCCGUCGAGGACACCAGCUACGAAGAGCCGUUAGAAGACAUUCAGUCAGACCCUCCGAGCCCCGAGCAGACGCUGCCAAAGCGCAGAACAGAACCCCCGCCGGAACAGCAGCGACGCCCUCAUCGCAGACGCACCCCCGGGCCUGAUUGGAACACACCAUGGGACCCGGCCGACUGGAAGGAUGGCAGAGUGCUGGUCAUCGACUACCUAGGCCGAAGCGAUGAAGACGGCAAACGGCGCAUCUCGGCGCAAGAGAUCCGCAGCGUCAAGGGCCUGCGCACACUGCUGGAGAACCGUUCGCUGCGGGCGUCGUCGAUCCUGCGGGUGAUCCACGUGCAGAACGCGUCGUGGGCGAACAACUACCUGCUGCGCAAGUUCAACAUGGAGCACGACGACGACAUCGUGGGCACAGCCUUUGGGCGGUGGGCGCGCUUCGAGCGGCCGCAGCAGCGCGCGGGCAAGCCGGUGCUGAACGCGCGCACUUUUCGCCCGCAGCGCGACCCGUGGCGCGGCAUCAGCCGCUGCGCCUUCGGCCUGGAUUACUUGAAGCACUACGAUGCGCGCAAGUACAACAAGGAUGCGGACGACGAGAAGGUCAAGAUGAUGGAGCUGAACACGUACGACCCGUUCGAGACGCCCGUCUAUGGCUACGAUGUCUUCGUCCAGCGCGUCUCGGUCUACGUCCAGCACAGCGAGCCGCGCGAGGAGCAACCUGACGUUCACGGGGGCGAUUUCGAGAUGCCGAUGCGCAAUCCCUACAACCAGGAGGAGUACAGCGAGUACAAGCGCUUGAAGAAGCAAUAUGAGCACCGCAACCACCACUACAAGGAGGCUAACGGCAACAACGGCCACGGCUACUUCCCGCACCUGGAAGAGCUGGAUAACGGAAGCACCGUCAUUUUGUUUGAGAACUCGCAGUCGAACAGCCCCGAGGACACGCUGAUCCAGGCGAGGAACGAGAUUGAGGCGAGGUGGCGCCGGCUGCCCUUCUAUCUCAAGAAGGAGCAGAAAGUAACGGAUGACCAAUUGGCCGUGGAGUGCAUGGACCUGGUGCUGAAGGACAUCUUCAAGGCCAUCACGGUGGGUUGGGAGAGGUUCAUGCACGCUUGCGAGACUCACGUCAGCAUUUUGGAAGACAAAAUCUACGAGAACCCGGCUGAUGAGUCUCGUGCUCCCGAGCUGUGGAUCAAUUCGUCUUUGUGGCUCAAGGUCGAAAAGCUGAUCUACCUGCACAUCGACCUCGCCAAGGACGUCCGCAACAUGAUGAAAGACGUCACCGGAGACGAAGGCCCCGAGGAAUGGAUCUCGCAGAGCGCUGAGGAGUUUGAUAAGAUUGCCAAUUCCGUCAGUGAGGAUCUUAUCAAGCCGACCCAAAAUUUGAGCGAUAUGAUGUAUAAGAGCGUAGAAAUCAGAGAUUCGCGCCUCGGCCUGCAGCUCGACACCAGCAUGUGGCGCCUCUCCUGGAUUACCUUCAUCUUCUUGCCGUUGACCUUCAUCAGCGGUUUCUUCGGAAUGAACGUCGACAUCUUUUCAAAAGACGAGAACAACCCAGAACUCAAGUGGUACUUCAUCGUCACGGUCCCGCUCAUGGUGCUCGUCGUGCUCUUCUGGCUCUUCUUCAAGCGCGCCGGGCCGGGCCUGGACAACGACCCGACCGACUCGCAGCGCGGCGUGUACGAGCACCUCUUCCACGAGUUCAGCGACAACUACCCGCGCGUGUGGGCGCGCGAGGGCCCCCGCCAACACGUCGCCGCCGUCGAGCGCGACCAGGGCGGCAGCGCCUUCAAUCGGCUCAAGUGGCGCCUGGUGCGGCACUGGUUCAACCCGGACCGCACCAUCCGCGCAAAAGGGUAUAACCCGGCCGACGACCUCAGCCUGUACGCCCGCUUCAAGCGGCAGAUGGCGCGCCGCUGGCUGCGCGAGCUCGAAAACGACGAGCGCGAGCGCGCCGUCCAGCUGCAGGACGCCCAGGCCGAGCGCCAGCUCGACGACCUCAGCCCCAGCCCGCGCUACGACCGCGGCGGUAACGGCAACUCGACCAACAACUCCAGCGCCUACGACCUCGGCCCUGCGUUGGAGGCCGGCACCAUCAACCCCCCUGAAUCGGAGGGGCCCCUCGUCGAUACGCGUAGCAGUCGCGCUAGCAGCAACUCACCAAAGCUGCGUCCCACGCAGGAGCUGGCCUACCUCGCCACGCAGGCUGCGGCCGAGGCUGAGCCCGUGGCUGUGCCGGCGAUGCGGCGCAUGCGGUCGAGUUCGAGCGGUGGUGGGCACGGGCGGAGCGGUAGCGACGGUAGGCCGGGUAGUUCGGGGUUGGAUGCGGCCAUGGUGGAGGUGGAGAUGAGCGAUGUGGGUGGGAAUAGUGGGGAUGAGGGACAGGGACAGGGGCAGCAGCAGCAGCGAGAGGUGGUGGGUAGGGGUAGGGGUGGUGCCGGCGUCGUGGCGGAUAGGUUGCAUGUUGGGUUUAGGCCCAGUGGUGGUGGUGGUGCAGGAGGAGGAGGGUUUUGA